CAGCGGGCAAGGGCAGCAGGUUGGGCGGGGCACGCAUUGAGUGACGGGUGUUGAGCGCACCUUGGAACAGGUGGCUCUCCCGGUGCCCACCUGAGGCUGGCAUUCACAGUAAAUGAACUUAUUUAGAGCAUCAACAUGCGGAGUUGUCUAAUGCCACCCCAGCAAUGUCUACAACACGCUUCCCGCAACCAGACUGCUUACAUGUGGACAUCGCAUGAGUUAAAACACAGAAACAGUGCCUGGCACAAGGACCUCAGACAUGACCGGGAAGAUCUUCACAAACACCAGGGAGCGGUGGAGGCAGCAGAAUGUGAACAGCGCCUUCGCCAGGCUGAGGAAGCUCAUCCCCACUCACCCUCCAGACAAGAAGCUGAGCAAGAAUGAAACGCUUCGCCUGGCAAUGAGGUAUAUCAACUUCUUGGUCAAGGUCUUGGGGGAGCAAAGCCUGCAGCAAACGGGAGUGGCAGCCCCGGGCAACAUUCUGGGACUCUUCCCCCAAGGACCCCCCCUGCCCGACAGGACUCUGCUCAGUGACUACCAGGUUCCUUCACCUGGCCCAAGCCACCACGUCCCUUAGUGCGGCUCUGACUCUCAGCACCCAGGGAGACACUUGUUCAGAAGUCACUGGCCAUCGACAGCCUUUGGCAUGUUACAGAGUCACCUUGAUGAAUAAUUUGUGAGGCAGGAAUUUAAGUGUCACAGGAGGUGGCUCAGGGACAGCUGCCAGGAGCUGACUGGAGGCCAUGAGGAGUGUGGCUUUGGAAUGCGGCCUGUUUCUGUCUAUUUUCUAUGUCCAACAUCUACAUGAGAUGUCGUUUGAAGGAAAAACAAUUACUCAAUAUGUUUUCAGUUAUAAGCAAGAUGAGU